AUGCUCUUCACAUCAGUGAUUGAUCCGGCUGUCAAGUCAUCCCAGCAAUUGAUCAUCGUCCGAUAUGGAAUGACACGUAUUCUGGUGCCGCUUUCAGAAAGCUACGAGGAAAUGCAGGCUGUAGCGGCUCGCGAACUUGGUCUAAACGGUCGGCCAGACUUGUUCACCGACCAAAUUCAUGGUUCCACCGGCGAGAAAAUCAAAAUACACAAGGACGCAUGGGCAGGUAUCAGCCCUCUCCUAGGAUCUAUAUCUAUUGAAACUGUCAAUGCAAACGCGCGCCGCUCGAGUGCCGGGAGACAAAGCCUCCUGCCCUCUCGCGUUGUCGUACACGAGGCUGGCGCCGUUCUUCCCGCCGAAGUCAUGUCGACGAAUAGAAGGGUAUCGAGACUCAGCUUUGCGGCUGCGCCAUCCGGCUCCGCGUCCGCGAAGGCUGCACUUCCUCGCUCUGGCGUGUUCAAGCCGGCGUCUGUAAACGCGUCGCUAAGCCAUGCACCAGCAGAAGAAGAUGCGAACGCAUCGUAUGUGACGAACAUCGAUGACGAAGAAGAGGAAGAAGAGCUCGAGGAGGAACUCAUGUUGUCAAGUCCGAAGAAGAGCCGGCGACCGCGCGUAUACUCGGACGACGAGGAAGAGUACGAUGAAGUCAAAGAAAAGCCAGAAGAAGAGCGCGACGAGGUCAAAGAGGAACCAGAGGAAACGCAAAAACAUGGGCUUGUCAUAGAACGCAGCCCAUCUGUCGAAUUCGCAGACAGCUAUGUCUCAGAGCCCCUUGCAGCGCGCGAUGAGCGUAAAGUCAGCCCGGUGCAUGAGCCUGAGCCAAAAGCGAGCCGCGAACGCCAACCUCCGCCGCCCUCGCCGAAGUCAUUUGCAUCUCACAGGUCUAUGACCCUGAGCGCCGAGAAGCGUCCAGACGUUUUCUCCAAGCAAGAACGACCACAAAAGGAGCCAACUAAUUCAGCGAGCGGAUCUGUCAAGGCUAAAGAUCUCGCCGAGGUGAGGCCAGAGAAAAUAUCGGCCCCAAAAGAGCGACUCUCACAAGGGCGCGCGCCCCCCACUGUCGUCCAGUCUCAGUCCCGGGCUACAGAAUCCUUCCAACCGCGGGGGGACGAGGUAGGGCCGAAUGACCGCUUUGUCGUGAUUGUUGAGUACGACGACGGCGCGGGCACCGACGAGAACCAGAUGAUGUUCAAGACGCGCGGACGGCACACUGUCUCGCGGGUGCUCCUGCAGGCGUGCAAGACGUUCGGGAUCGAGGAUCUCUUCCCUAUGGCGCGCCUCGUGCUAAUCGUGGAUGUCGAGGACGGGGACGAGAUCGUGGAACACCGGUUCCACUGCGCGCUUGAGGACACAAUGGCACGAGCAGGUGCAAAGCCCGAGGCGCGAUUUGCGAUAGAGAUCGACGAGGAGUAG